AUCCUCUCCCACACAGGUUUUGCGGCUACCGCACUCUGCUGCUCCCAGCACCGCCGCCCCCCGUCUUCUCGGAACCCCGCCGACGCGGCCCUCCCCCCGCCCGCGUCCCUCGCCUCACCGUGCGCAAGAGCACCAUGGCCACGGGCUCCUCACCCCCCGCCAGGCAGCAGCCCUUCAAGCUGAUCCUGGGGUCGUCGUCGGUGGCGCGCAAGCACAUCCUCGAGGAGAUGGGGCUUGAGUUCCAGGUCAUGACUGCGGACAUCGACGAGAAGAGCAUCAGGAGAGAGAAUCCUGAUGACCUGGUAAUGGUCCUCGCGGAGGCCAAGGGCGUACCCAGUGCAGAGAGCUCCUGCUCUGUGCGGGGUCUGGGGAAGGGUGUCAGUGGCAAGCCUUACCCUCGCCUGUGCAAUGCGAGGAGACCGCGACUCGAACCCGGGACCUUCCGGUCACAGGCGGCUGAUGCUAUCAUGUCCAGACUGAACCUUGCUGAUUACCAGAAAGAAGGCAAUCAACCAACACUCCUGAUCACUUCUGACAUAGUAUGUCUCGAUUACCUCUGCAGUCCUAAUCUGGGUAGAAUUUGGAUUAUUAGAGAAAAGCCAACCACCAAGGAAGAAGCACGCCAAUUCCUGAAAGGCUAUUCCGGAGGUCAUGUGUCAACUGUUGGGUCUGUAGUUGUAACUAAUCUUACAACUGGGAAGAGACUUGGAAGUUUGGACAAAGCUGAGGUUUAUUUCCACGAUAUACCAGAAGAGGUCAUCGAGAGCUUGAUCGAUGAGGGAGUAGUAUUUAGGGUCGCAGGUGGCUUGCUACUUGAACAUCCAUUGACACUGCCAUUUGUCGAAGCAGUGGUUGGUUCUAGUGAUAGCGUCAUGGGGCUGUCAAAGGAGAUCGCAAACAAGCUGAUUCAUGACGCAUUGUCUACUUAGCCUAGCAAUUUUGGAGCUAUUGUUUCUGAUCAAAUUCUUACAGCACUCACUUGGAGUUGGAGAUGACAUCACGCAGAAAGCAUAUAUGGGGAUACCUCAUAGUGAAUCAGUGAUUCUUGUAUUUUUAAACGUUAAACCAAGACAGGCGCACUUGGCAUUGCAAAUUGUGAUCAGGUUGUACUUACCUUCUGUUUCACUUGAAGGAUACGUUGAUGCUUAUUUAAGUGGGCCAACUUGUAUGUUUUGUAAUAUACUGAUAUAUAUAAUAUCCAUUCUAUAUCCCUACUAGAUA